GGUUGGCUCCCGGAGAUGUUGCGACAGCCACCUGAAGUAGUUGUGUGGAAAAACUUGAACAAUGACCUAAGUUAGGGCUAUGUGUGAAAAAUGAAAAAUGUUGCGGCAAUGGUUUGAGUAUUUGAAAUUGUUUUUCUAUAGACUGUUUCUCGGUGUAAAUGCCGUGAGAGGAAAUGCUGACAGGUUUGCAACGGUUUUUGUGCUUGCUUAUUGCUUGUGGGAUUUGGUGACAAGAAACCCUGACUCCGAAAGAGGCAAAAUGUCCAACACUCAGGUCUCCCUUGUCGGUUCCGGCAACCAGCAAAUAGAGCAAGAAACCAGCGAGGAAACGACUCUCUCUGAGGUGUCCAAAGACCUGGGCCACACCAAAAUAUCCGAAAAAUCGGCCCAGUAUGAAGCCACAUCUAAUACAUCAAUUGUACAAGAAAAUGCAUCGAAAAAUAUCCAAAGCAGCUGCAACGUGGUGCAAUCUCAGUCCGUGUCCCAGUCAGUUAGCGAAAGCCGCAAGGAACCGGAAACCUCUCAAGAAAACGCAACCUCUAAAAGCAACUACUAUAAACCGUUAGAACCUGUUAAGUCCUUCGAACCGGUUAAACCAUUCGAGCCUAUGAAACCUUUUGAACCUUUAAAACCGUUGGAACCUCCCAAAUCUUUCGAGCUAACGCGGCAAAUUGAAAAAACUGUUCUACAAUCAAACGGAGUCAAGAGUGAAAAUGUUAGCCAAGUAGAGGAAAAAGUUAACAAUGGGUUUCCGCCUGAUUACGUUCCAGUAGAAGCACUUGAACCUUUGAAACCUUUUGAACCGCUUCCACCAAUAGAACCGUUUGAGUCAUCUUGUAGAAUCAGUGACAACGUUGCUGUAAACGGUACAUCCAAGGCGGAAAUCAAGGAAGGCAAUAUUAAAAAUUCCUUAAAGGAAAUUAUAUCCGAUUUAGAUCAUUAUGCUGAGAAAGACAAAGAACUGAAAGAGUCGUAUUACGAAGAGAAAAGUACUGAUGACAACAAUUCAACGUAUUCUUAUGAAAAGGUUCUGGAAUCACAGUCACACAUUAAAGAGAACGGAAAGCGAUCCAACAACGACAAUUGGAUUGCCCACUUACCUUCAGUGUUACCAAAACAACGACCCCUGUCUUUGCCACCCGAAAACACAUUCAAUUACGUCGACUUUUCAAAGGUCAUGCAAGAACUUAGUGGUGGACAACAUUUUCAAGAUGAAAAUGCGCCUCCACCAAAACCGAUCAAUUUGGAAAAAAUUUUCACGCCGGCUGAUGGUGAACAAAUACAACCCAGCAAAAAUCGAAAAAUGUUUGCAUCGUCCGCCUUCUACGCCAAAGGCAUCCACCCAACAGUCGAAGAACAAGUUCAACUGGCUAAGAGAAUAUCAAGCUCUCUUAGCGACAUCAGCAACCAAAGCAGCAAGGGACAGUCCAUGUAUGUGAAUCGCAAGAAACGAUCAGUGAAAUGGGUCCAUGAAGGAGAAGGUUUAAGAACAGAAGGUUCUGAGUACACUUCAGAAUCUUCUGAAUCAAAAGAUCCACUUAAACUGGUAAUGAACCCACAUGGUCAAGUACAAGACAUAAAUUCAUUACGCAAACAAGGUUACACAAUCGAACCUGCACUAUCGCCUGACGUCUGUCUUGAAAUUGUUAAAGACCUAAACUCUCCAAAAGGAAAAGGUGCUGAGUUAUUUGCUAAACGACGUAAGCGUUCAGAAAAGUGGGUUGUUGGUGAAACCAACGGUACACGACCAUCAUCUAUACCAGAUAUAGCACUUUCUCCAACACCCAUAUUGUCACCUUUGCCUCCAAUUAGCAGCUUUCCACCGCCAAGUUACUUACCAGAAACUGCAAAAAGGAUACAACACAAAGAAAAACUGGAUGAAAUACAGGAAAAAUUCACACGCCCUCGCCUCAAACUGGUCAAGUCGCCUUGGGACGCAGCUCUGGAGACUGGAUCAGUAGACGCAGCUUUUGAAAAUGUACCUCCAGCAUGGCCAACACGGGGAAAUUACGUAGCUCCUGUUGUCGAUUCGUAUGAAGCUGCACUUAAAAACGACUCUUUAGCAUCAUGGACAGGCGCUAGCACCAACGAGAAAGUUUUUGCACACAACCCAGCUUAUAACAGUAGCAGUAUAAACCGGAUCGUUGACAAUUUACAAAAAGGAGUAGGAAACGUGGAUUUGUACAAACCAUCAAUGCCGCAAGCUUGGAAUUCGUCAACAGCACCAAAGCAACAACAAUAUGGUAGCAUCAACCUUGCUUUAACUAACAUCAUUAAAUCAUCAGCUCUAAAACAGGAAGAGAGGCCAAAAUCGCCCUUUCCAGAAAUACCAGACAUAUCAACCACUCCCGAAAUUUUACUUGAUACUUCCAAUAUUACAAAAAUAACGCGUCCAGUAACUCCCUCAUUUCUACAACCCAAACCUGACCCAAAAAAAGAAGCUGAGGAAUUACUAAAACAGAAAAAAGCCGAAAGAGCUGCUUCACCCUUUCCUGCAAUUCCAGACAUGUCCCUAGAUCCCGAAUUAUUGCAAACAGAUGUUUCAAAAGUUCAGGAAAAACGACCGGUUUCGUCACUACGUCCCUCUUCCCCAUUCCCGGCAAUUCCAGAUGUUACCCUAAAUCCAGAAAUUCUGGAACGAGACGUUGUUAAUAUUAGGACAAGUCCGCAAUUGCUUCAACUUGCAGAAAAUCAAAAUGCUAACGGAAAUGACGAAAUUUCCGAAAAUCAGGACUUGGAACAUAAAGAUGAAACAGCACCUGUUCCCUUUCCUUCAAUUCCAAAUAUUUCCAAAUAUUUGGCAAAAAAUCAGGACUCGUUCAUUAAACCCAUACCUUUGAAAAAAUACGAACCAAUUUUUAUGGACAAAAAAUACGUUUUGGAUGACGCUCCAAAAAACGUGGAGGCGCCGCCUUUAAAACCAGAGUUUAGAUUUGCUCUCCCUGAGCAGAAAAUUGUAGAACAAAGUUUCACUUCAGCCGAGGAUUUUAGAACAGUUCAGUCUGAAAUUUUUGAAAGUCAGGGACAUUUCAAUGCGUCUAGAUCCUGUUCUCCGUUCCCUGUCUAUGUACCAAAGAGUGAACCACCAGUUGUGGAAAAAAAAGACACACUUGAAUCCCCCAAAAAAAUCGUUGUGGUACAAGAGGUUGAAAAAGAAGAAAAGAACCCGAAACAUGAGGAACAGAUGAGGAAACUGGCAUUAGCAGCUAAUAAGGAAAAAUCCGAAGUGAUGAAGUGCCAAAAAAGUUGCUUUACUGAACUGAAGGAAAUACAAACGGCCUAUGAUCAGUACGAAAUGACACGGCAGGAAGACAACGAAAUCACCAAAAUUUUGCAAGACAUGAAACGGACCAGAGAAGGCCAGAUAACAAUAAGUGAGCCUGAAAAAAAUGAUGAAAUGUUUUUAUCGACUCAAAUUUUGACGAAAGACCAAGACCAAGAAAAUGUUUCAGUGAAAAUCGAAUCUGAAAAAACUGAUCAAAUGUUUUCAUCCAAUCAAGAAGUUUUUACCAAUAAAGCACAAGACCAAGAAAAUGAAAAAACUGAUGAAAUGUUUUCAUCUACUCAAAAACUUUUUACCAAUAAAGUCCAAGACGAGAAAACUGUUUCAAUGAAAGUUGAACUUGAAAAAACCGAUGAAAUGUUUUUAUCUACUCGAGAACUUUUAACCAAUAAAGUCCAAGACGAAGAAAAUGUUUCAAUGAAAGUUGAACCUGAAAAAACUUCUACUCGAGACGUUUUUACUGAAGACCAAGACAAAGAAAAUGUUACACUGAAAGUUGAAAGUGGAAAAAGAGAAGAACAAAACAGUAAAAUUGUCGAGAAAGCAAAAAACCAGGAACCAAAUGAUGGUGGCACAAAAAAACGUAAAAAGCCCCCUGAAACCAUAAUAGGAGCUCGCCCUAUUUUUGGCCAAUUGGACAUCAACAGCGAGUUCCAGAAAGCUUUCUCAGGCCGGCAAAAGUCAAUUAAGGACAAGAGAUCAAAAAGUGUGAAAGUUGAAACGAGUGAAAAUAUAACAGAAGAAAAGACUUCAGACCAGUCGAAAUUAUCGACUCAGUUUACUAAUAGCGAAGUUGCUCAAGUGGAAACCUACCGUCCAAGUAAAAACGACGAGAUUGAAGCAAUUUAUUAUCAACAAGAACGGGAAUACCAUGUUGAUUACCAAACUGUUCAAGAAUUGGUUUAUCCUGAAAGUGCUCCUGUUUGUAUUCCUGGUCCUAACACUUUUAUUCAACAGUUGACUGAAAUCAAGUCAAACUUGCACCACCCUCAACCACAAAACGUCCAAAAAAACUCAAACGAGACUGACGAUGAAGACUAUCAGAAAAUUCCGGUCAAGUCCUUGAUCAAAAAUUUUGAGCAGUCGUCGAUGCCGGUUUUACGCUACAAGCAAAUCCGGGCACCGUCUCCAAAAGUGGUGGAAAAGUUGAGUAAAGGGAUGCAGAACCAGGAGCAGUUUCUCAAAGCCGCCGAACAGGAAUUUGACAAUUUGUAUUAUGUGGCAAAUGCUAAAGUUGAAACGAAAUAUUAUCCCUUGGAACAACCGAAAAAUUUGGUGCAGUCCGAAAAUAGUUCCUUUUGUAAAUACACUUCCCAAAAGUCCCAAUUUCAGGCGUCGGCUUUUCGGGAGGAGAGUGUGAAGAGUGGAGAGGAAGGCUCUAACACACUUCCAAGAUCGAAACCAAAACCACCACUUUCACCAAGUUUCAAGCCAAACGUGGUCCCCCAAGUGUUUGUUCCUAAAGAAACCAACAGCCCAUUACCGGACUUGCAUACUCCAGCCUACAACGCACAAAGCGUUUUCUCCGAACCUUCAGCAAUUUCCCCCUCACAACCAUCGCCAAGAAUCAACUUCAACUCCUUGCAAAACUACAACACGGCACCGAGAGGCUGGGGACAAGUCCAGAGCUACUACAAACCCAUCACUUUUGAUAAACCUUCAACGCAAUACUCAGACUUCUAAUAAUACACGCACACAAAUUAUGUUUUGUUAUUUAUUGCUGUUACUGUAUAACUGUGACAUUUCGCCUCAAUCUCUUCAGGGAUUGCGGGUCGAGAUGCGUGAAUUUAGACGUUAUCUUCGUUAAUAUUUUAUGUAUAUAUGAUUGGUACUAAUAUUAGAUUUAGAAAAUCAGUUAUGUUAUAACAGAUAUUGUUCGGUCUCAACAACGGAUUGAAUAAUGAGGAUUUCAAAUUUGUCAAACAAUAAAUAGAAAUAGUUUUGCUCUCUGAA